AUGGCUACGGCAGUCUACAACUCUUGGCCUUGGAGCUCCUUCCUAUCACCUAUUCAGCUUUGUUUUCUCUUCGUCUUCUUCUUUUUCGUCAUCUACUUUCCUCAUCAUGCAACUGUACUGAGCUUUAUCUUCACCAAUAUUAAUCAAACACUUGUCAAAAGAGCAACUUCUGUUUCCAAUCUCAAAAUCAUCCCUACAAACCAAACGUGGAAAGCCGGUCGAGCCUUGUAUAAGGAUCUUCUUCACCUUUGGGACAAAGCUUCUGGAACACUGACGGACAUCGACACCUAUUUCUCGUUUGUCAUUGAUUCACAAGGAAACUCGAGUUUUAGAGAUGGGCUCACAUUCGUCCUUCUUCCUAACAAUUCUACUCUGAUGAACGCAGAUGGUGCUGCCAUAGGUCUUCCAAUCUUGUCAAUUUUUUCCCCCAUAUCAACUCCAUUUGUUGUUGUGGAGUUUGAUACCUUUCAGAAUGGGCAAUGGGACCCACUCGACAUCACACCAAUAACUCAUAUGAAAAAUAGAGCACAUCAAGAAGAUGGGGAGUUUUCCUUUAAUAUGUCCAUGGAUAAUGACUUCGAGGCAGGUACUGGGCCAAAGAGGUUUUCAUAUAGUGAAUUGUUUCAUGCAACAAAUAAAUUUGCGAAUAAACUUGGACAUGGAGGAUUUGGUGAGGUUUAUAGAGGUUUCUUGAAGGAAUCCAAGUCCAAUGUUGCUGUGAAGAGGAUAUCAAAGGGAUCAAAACAAGGACUAAAGGAGUACGCAUCAAAAGUGAAGAUCAUUAGUCGGUUGAGGCAUAGAAAUUUGGUGUAA